UGUGUCCAUAAUGCUUUAUACACCCUGAUAUUUCUAGACCUGUGAUGCUGCAGUCUUAUUAAUCAACAGAGGGAGACGUCAUUCUGAUCAGCUGCACGUUUGGUGAUCUUUUGUACCUUUAUUACACACCUGUGACAAGUGUUGUACAGCUAAGACUGCAGGCUUUGGUUUACUGGACCUCCAUGAGGUGGCAGACGCAGUCGCUGUCGUGUACGCACCCCAGCGUGGGCGGAACUGUGCGCAAUAAAAGCAACCUAAACGCUCCCGAGUCUUCUCUUCUUCAGCCGGACGCCUGCGGUCUUCAUGCUUCACGCUGCGGCUCUGAGCACCGCGCGAGUUCAUUUCCGGUCCGCGCGCGCGCUGUCGCCCCCUCGCGCACAGAGUGACGCGCCCGCUAAAGUUUCGCCAAGUCAAGAUGACGUAGUUGCACAAGAUGGCGGCGCCCCGCUCCACGAUGAAAUUUUGGAAACCCGGGUCCGAGGCGCCCGGGGUGUCCGAGGAGCGCGAGCUGCCCACGGAGACCGCGGCGAGCGCCGUCGUGCACAACCCUCACGCGGCGCUGUCGGUAGAGAAGCAGCGGCAGAAGCUGCCCGUGUUUAAGCACAGAAACAACAUCCUGUACCUCGUGGAAAGCUAUCAAACCGUCGUGAUUGUCGGGGAGACCGGAUGUGGGAAGAGCACUCAGAUUCCCCAGUAUCUGCUGGAGGCAGGCUGGGCUGCGGAGGGGAAGGUGAUCGGUGUGACUCAGCCUCGGCGUGUGGCAGCUACCUCAGUGGCUAACCGGGUAGCAGAGGAGCGAGGUGCUCAUCUUGGACAUGAGGUGGGCUACAGCAUCCGCUUUGACGACUGUUCAGAUCCUCAUGCCACUCGCAUAAAGUUCCUCACGGACGGGAUGUUGGCGCGGGAGAUGAUGGCAGACCCUCUGCUGCAGGCGUACAGUGUGCUGAUGCUGGACGAAGCCCAUGAGCGAACUCUCCACACUGACAUCGCCAUCGGACUGCUCAAGAAGAUUCAAAGGAAGAGGAGAGAUCUGAGGGUGAUUGUAGCAUCUGCUACGCUGGAUGCCAAGAAAUUUCAAAACUUUUUCAAUCUGAAUGAAAGUGGAGACCCAAACAAGGACACAUGUGGUAUCGUGAGUGUGGAGGGCCGUACGUUCCCGGUGGACAUCUUCUACACGCUCAGCCCUGUCCCGGACUAUGUGAAGGCUACCGUGGAAACUGUCCUGAAGAUUCACGAAACCGAAGACGAUGGAGAUGUUCUGGCAUUUCUUACUGGACAGGAGGAGGUAGAGACCGUGGUGUGUAUGCUGCAGGAACAGGCCCGCACUCUGUCACGCCACGGCCUUAAGAAGCACCUGCGUGUGCUGCCCAUGUAUGCAGGCCUACCCUACAGUGAGCAGAUGAGAGUCUUUGAAAGGGUUCCUCCUACUGUACGAAAGGUGGUGGUAGCCACAAACAUCGCUGAGACCUCCAUCACCAUCAACGGCAUUGUGUUCGUCAUCGACUGCGCGUUUGUGAAGCUCCGAGCCUACGACUCUCGCACGGCUAUCGAUUCACUGGUGGUGACGCCCAUCUCGAAGGCGUCGGCCUCUCAGAGGGCGGGGAGGGCAGGACGAAUCAGAGCAGGGAAAUGCUUCCGCCUUUACACAGAGGAAGACUUCGAGAAGCUUCCAGAGUCCACGGUGCCAGAGAUGCAGCGCUGUGACCUGGCCCCCGUCGUGCUCCAUCUGAAGGCUCUGGGUGUGGACAAUGUCCUCCGCUUCAACUUUCUCUCUCCGCCACCAGCACAGUCUCUAGUGCAGGCCCUGGAGCUGCUGUAUGCCCUCGGUGGUCUGGACCAGUACGGCCGGCUGUCGGAGCCCGUGGGCGUGCACAUGGCAGAGUUCCCCCUGAGCCCCAUGUUUGCCAAAAUGCUGCUCGAGUCGGGCAACUUCGGCUGCUCCAAGGAGAUUGUUACCAUAGCAGCCAUGAUGCAGAUCCAGAAUGUCUUUGUGGCGCUGCCCAAUCAGAAGAAGGCUGCCGCGCGGGAGCACAGGAAGUUCUCUGUGGCGGAGGGUGAUCACCUGACCAUGCUCAAUGUGUACGAGGCCUUUGAGAAGCAUCAGAAGAGCUCUCGGUGGUGUCAGGAGCACUUCCUCAACUACAGAGGCCUGGUGCGUGCUGCCUCCAUCCGGGAGCAGCUGCGGCGCAUGCUCAACAAGUUCAGAGUUCCCCGCAACUCCAGCGAAGGUGACCCAGAUGUGAUUCUCAGGUGCAUCGUGUCAGGAUUCUUUGCUAAUGCUGCGCGUCUCCACCACUCUGGGUCCUACAGGACUUUACGGGACGACCGGGAGCUUCACAUCCAUCCGAACUCUGUGCUUUAUGGGGAAAAACCUCCAAAAUGGGUGGUGUUCAACGAGGUGCUUCAGACCUCCAAGUACUUCAUGCGGGAUGUGACAGCAGUGGAGUCUGCCUGGCUGGUGGAACUGGCCCCUCACUUCUAUAAGCAGGCCAAGCAUGGCUCACUGGCCAGUAAACGCAGCAAGAUUCUCUGAGCUGGCCUCCUGCUCCACGCCGCCCCCUACUGGUACUGGUCAUCAUCACAACUGGCUGAAGACUCCCGAACACGUCCAUGCAAACAUUUACACUUACACGUACAAACCUGGACACAUGUUUACACUCUCACACACACACGUUGCAGUGAGGCAGAAUAUUUAGUUUGUUCUGCGUAAACCCCACUGUCUCUCCUCACGGUCACUUGUACAUAGAUGUAGGAUGUAUUUAAUUCUUCAUGUUCAGAUGAGUACUUUCUGAACACGUGGCCCCGGAGGUCAAAGGUUGUCCGUGGCUCAGAAAAAUAUCGAUGGAUUUUGUCCUUUCUUGCUGGUCUUGGCAGUAGCACGGAAGGAAGGAACUCAGACUUGCUUCAUCACUGCACUUUGUUCAUCUGGUUUGUAGUGCGUAGUUUUUUGUAGUUACUUCAUUGGGUUUGUAGUUUUGUGAAGAAAAGGUGCGACACAGACCUACAUACAGAUCUACACGUCACACUCUCAGCUGAUGACGAAUCAAGCUGAUGACGAAUGAUGUUUAUGAAAUGUUUCCUAGUGUGUGAAAGUGCUGUGUUUAAACCGAACUCCCCUUCCUGUGGACACAGCAGGGACUGUUAAUGCACCGUUGGGCCACCAGGGGGCAAGGUUUUGCGUCUGCUCUCGUGUGAUGUCAGUCCUCAUUCUGCCUCUCACUGACUUUUUUUUUUUUUUUAAUUCUGAUUUUCCUCUUUUUGUUUAUUUUGUGUUUUUUUUUUUUUUUUUUUUUUGCGUUUGCGCUCUCGUUCCAUUGACGUUCCGCUGAUAAACAUCCCACAAACGUGCGAGGCGUUGGCCUGUGUGGAGUUCAGACGUAGAGAGCUAGCUGUCUGGAAGAUGAGCCCACACCACCACACCACUGUUCCUCACAUAGUGCUCUUGUAGAUGUCUGCAUGGUCGUAUACAGGACUGCAUACCUACGUAUUAACCUCGAGUAGCCUAGACAGAACUGGCUCCCAGUGCUCCAGAAUUACUGUCGGUUCUCCUCGUGUGUGCAUGGCCAGUUAAUCUGAACACUGUGACACCUUCACGCAGUGCUGAAUUACUGUAGUGACCUGCAGGAACAAUCUCCUGAAACUGUUGGUAGUUGAGAAAUAUUCAACAUUUCCUGCCAUUACUGUUGCAGUCCGUCGAACCAAAAAUAAACGUGUACACUCUCACA